CAUAUGGAACAGAAGGCCGAGUGGAUAAAUGCUGAAGAGGCAUUAUUUAAAUUUCCAUUAACUUUAUAUCCGCGCGUCAAGGAAUUAAAGGAGAACAUUUUGCCGUUUUAUGCUUUGAUUCAUCGAGGUUAUCAGUGGCAAAGAGAUCGCAAAGCUUGGCUGGAUGGUACUUUCGAGUUUCUCAAUGUGGAACACAUCGAUAACAAGCUUAAUCAAUAUCUAACCGACUUCAUCAAAACUAGCAAGCAGUAUAAAACAAAGAUCCAAAUGCAGAACGCGAUCAAUUAUCCAUACAGUUUUUCAGGAUUGAUAGACGAUCCUGAUCCAUUCCAGCAACCAGCACCUAUGAAAUUAUGUCAUCAAUUAAUAGAAGACGUAAAGUGGCUUAAGGAAUAUGUUCCAUUAUUAAAAAUUUUACGGAAUCCUGAAAUAUCACAACUACAUUGGGACGAUACAACGACCAUGGUAGAGCUUGAUUUAACAAUAGAUGCUGGCACUACAUUGCGAAAAAUAAUUGAUAUAAUCUUUACAAAUGAUUUGGAACAGCAAUAAACUGCAAUUAUAUAUUGUUGUUUUAUAUUAAAAAAUUAAAAAGUUUAUUAAAUGAUUUUGUAACAAU